AGUAGUAGUAGUAGUAGUAGUGGUAACAGUAGAAGUAGCAGUAGUAGUAGUAGUAGUAGUAGCAGUAGUAGUAGUAGUAGUAGUAACAGCAGUAAUAACAGUAGCGGCAGUAGUAGUAGUAGUAGUAGUAGUAGUAACAGUAGCAGUAACAGUAGUAGUAACAGUAGUGGCAGUAGUAGUAGUAGUAGUAGCAGUAGUGGUAACAGUAGUAGUAACAGUAAUGGCAGUAGUCGUAACAGUAGUAGUAACAGUAGUAGUAGUAGUAGUAGUAGUAGUAACAGUAGUAGUAACAGUAGUGGCAGUAGUAGUAGUAGUAGUAGCAGUAGUAGUAACAGCAGUAAUAACAGUAGCGGCAGUAGUAGUAGUAGCAGUAGUGAUAACAGUAGUAGUAACAGUAAUGGCAGUAGUCGUAACAGUAGUAGUAACAGUAGUAGUAGUAGUAGUAGUAGUAGUAGUAACAGUAGCAGUAACAGUAGUAAUAACAGUAGCGGCAGUAGUAGUAGUAGUAGUAGUAGUAGUAGUAGUAGUAGUAGUAACAGGAGUAAUAACAGUAGCGGCAGUAGUAGUAGUAGUAGUAGUAGUAGCAGUAGUAGUAGUAGCAGUAGUAGUAGCAGCAGUAAUAACAGUAGCGGCAGUAGUAGUAGUAGUAGUAGUAGUAGUAGU